AUGAAUAGUCCAUCUCCACCACCAUACGGUGGUACUAAUUCUCGUCGUGCACGUUAUUCUCGUUCACCAGUGGGUGGUAUACCACCAUCAAAACGAUCUAAACCAUCGAACUCAAUUGAUCCUUAUGAUCAUAAUGAGGCUUAUCUACGAGAACGAUCCGAGAGUUACACAUCAAUCUGUGUGAAACGUAUAAAUCCAAAAAUAUCAGAUAUGAGAGUACGGGAGCUUUGUGAAAAAAAGUUUUCGAAAUAUGGUUCACAUUCCGUUAAAAUUUAUCGUAGAAGUAAUGAACGUGUAGCAUUUGUUAAUUUUACUAAUCCUGAUGAUGCAAGAAGAGCACGACAAGCUAAAUCAGAUCUUACCUGGGAAGGGACUCAAGUUUUUCUAGAUCCAGUUUUUUAUCGUAAAACUGUUCCAGCUUCUCGACCAAUUAGUCCAGGAAGUGUUCAUGAACGUUUUACAUCAAAUCAACGUUCCCGUCAUCGAUCACCACAACGUCCAUCAUCACCAUUAAUUACGUCUCGAAGUCAUUCAUAUCGUCAAUCAUCAUCACGACGUCAGCGUUCAAUAUCUGCACCACCGACUCCUCCUCCUCCUCCUCCUCGUUCAUCACGUCGACAUUAUUCACCUUAUAUACCAGUACCACCUGAUUUAAAUGAUUAUACUAGUAAAAAAUCUAGUCGACAACAACAACAACAACGUUCAUCACCAUCACCCGUUCGUCGUCAUCAUAAUAAACAACGGAGUCGAAGUCCAAAUAUUCGUCGAAUAAUAUCAGCACCAACUCAUCGAGUUAAUUCAGAUAAAGAUAUAGUUGUUCAACAAGAACCAUCACGUAUAUUAUUUAUUGAAAAUCUUGAACGAAAUAUAACUGAAUCAACAUUAAAACAACUUUUUAAUCGUUAUGGAUUCAUAGAAGAACUUUAUAUUAUAAAAUCAUCAUCAACAUCAAAACGUGUUUCAGCCGUUAUUAGAUUUGAAAAUAUGGAAAUGGCAUAUCGUGCUCGUCAAGCAAUGGAUGGUCACUUAAUUGGAGAAACCGUAAGCAAGAUUGGCUAUGGUGUGUAA